AUGCUCACCCGCGCUCUACCCGCCGUCGGCCCCCCUUGUCGGCGGAUUGUGUCCCGCUUUCAACUUGUACCGCAACUCAAGUGUGCGAAAAUAAGCAGAGAGGCCAAGAGAUUUCUUGUCUUCCUGCUCCGCCCUGCCUGGAACCGUGAUUCGUUCCGUCUUCGACGUAAGGGUUCCGUCACGACACUGACGGAAGCGCUCACCUCAAGUUCGUGCGAGACGGAUACUCUUGUCGACGAUGGUGGGGAAUCAUCAUCUGAUCUAGCCCGCCGUAAGACGGUCCGCUUUGACGACGAACCAGCCAUCUUCUUUCGGAAAUCACGCAUAACGCCGCCCAAAGGGUCGCCAACCAAGUCACCAGAACGACCGUGUCUUGUGCGCAGGUUCAGCGAACUAUCAACUCCCACGUCUGACGACGCAAGUGACGGUGAUUCACAGUCAAUCUAUGAGGACUGCAUGUGCGACUUUGACCGUCAGCUUGUCCAACGUCUUCGCCCAAAAGACUCUCGCUCAUCCUUUUUCUACGAAACGGAGUCUGGCGCCGUCGAAUUUGAUGAGCAAGGGUAUGGACAUUACUGCCUUACCAAGUAUCUGGACAAACAAAGGGCGGAGACGAUGGGUCCCCAAACAAUCACGUUCGAACAUCCCGCGUUACUACCAUGGCCCAGUCGUAACUUCGCUCCUGAAAUGCCCCAACCACUAACAUGUGUACCACCGUCUUCCCUGCAGCUUGUCAUUUCCUCACCCCGAUCUCGGUUUCAACGCUUGCAGCAGUGCAUCGUAGACGAGAUCGAAAACGCCGUUGCCAUUCUGUGUAUUGGGGUCAUCAUUUACACGUGUAUAUUUGUCUUCUUUUUGUAUCGUGUCUUCACUGGUGGGCUUCUGCGAUCACACUGA